GCUCCUACGGCCGUACGGAUACUCUUCAGAUGAAUCUCGCGAGUGUUACUUUGUGAAUAACUUAGUGACUCCUGGAUGUUUCGUGUUUAACGAUGGGUGCGCUACUAGUGUUGUUAAUUGUGAUGUGCGCGGGCUCUCUAGCCGCCGAAAGGAAAAUGACUAUCGCGGAAAAACUUCGACAGGACGCGGAUCUAUCACAGUUCUUAUCACUGUUGGAAAGAAACGCAGUCGCCAACACGAGUCUUCAGUACCGGCAGAUGACCAUGUUCGCGCCCACCAAUGAAGCCUUCCAGAGAUACAAUGGGGAAAUGGACGAUUCUCUAGUGUUAUAUCACAUAUCAAAUCUGGCGACAACCCUGUCUAACUUGGACUACGCAAUAUCUUCGGAAUUCGACGGGAACCCUCCUUUGUGGGUGACACGUCGGAGGGACCACAUGCAUGACGAUAUUUAUGUAAACAACGCUAAGGUUUACGUAUCAAGGUCUUUCCAAGCCGUUAACGGAAAUGGAAAGCGGCAGGUUCUACACGUGAUUGACCAAGUAUUGCAACCUCUCCAACCCCAUGGUCCCGGAUCUUCUAGCAGUUCAGUCUAUAAUCCCAACGCCUAUCAAUUCUUGGAACACUCUGAUGAAUUUAACAUCGGUCAGCAUCGACUAAGGUCUUUCCGCCAAAAAAUGAAUCAGCUUCAAAAGAAAGAAGUGUUUAAUGCCGAUGGCAGGAACACUUUCUUUAUUCCCGUCGACGAAGGUUUUAAGCCUACGACAAGAUCGGACCUCAUAGAUGGUAAAGUAAUUGAUGGCCAUGUAAUACCUAGACACGUGCUCUUUACAAAAGCGACGCACGACGAUAAAGAGUAUGAAACGUUAGCUUUCAGCGAUAACGUCAAAGUAAUCAUAUCCUUCAGCACAGCUAUGAAUGGAAAUGAGGAAAUCACGUACGUGAAAUCUAAUACUGUAGCAGGCGAUGCUAAGCACAGCCGAGGUGUUGUACUUGCUGAUAUCGUGAAGGCUAACAUUCCCGUCAAGAAUGGAGUGGUCCACCUCAUCCAGCGCCCUCUGAUGGUGGUCGAUACAUCUGUCAUCGAUUUCCUCAAGGAAAAGGACGACGGACCUCUUUGCAAGUUCUAUGAAGUAAUAAUGGACUUAGGGCCUAAUAAUCCUUUUCUCAAUGAACUUACUUUAGCCAAAGAUACAACACUAUUCGCUCCAUCUAAUGAAGCUUGGAAAGAGCUUAGUGUGCAGAAUAUAAUCAGGAAUCAUCAAAAACUUAGGGACAUAUUAAAUCUACACUUAGUGCGGGAAAGACUGCCUAUGGAUGCUAUCAUCCAUAACAACAUGAAUCAGAUUUACCAAGCGCCGACGGCUUCCCCUCGGAAGUACCUCUACUUCAAUGUACUACUGCACGGUCACAACCAAACGUUGACUGUGGAAGGAGGCGGUGUCAACGCCACAGUCACCCAGCCCAAUAUCGCCGCUACCAAUGGUUUUGUCCAUAUCAUUGAUAGAGUACUUGGCGUUCCAUAUACGACUGUUUAUGAGAAAAUGAAGACUGACCCAAUGCUUAACAUUACAUACAACCUCGGCAAACGGCAAAUGUUUAAUCACCAACUGAAUGAAAUGGAACAUCGGUACACGUACUUUGUGCCCCGGGAUCACGCUUGGCUCAAGUUCCAAAUUAGACAUCCGUCUGCAUUCAAGGCUCUCUUUAAGGAGAAGUUCGGUUACUUUACGAAGCAGAUUCUUGAAAGGCACCUUAUCCGAGCUGAGCGGGCUUACACAGUAUCCGAUUUGAAAUUACUUGCAAAUGAAACGCAUCCGUUCGUCUUGCCGACUUCGCGCGACCCACUUCGACUGCGUGUGAAGGAAUCCGAUAAAAACUACUAUGUGGAAUGGAACGGCCACUGGAUCCACGUGUUUAGACCCGACGUCGAAUGCACCAAUGGAAUCAUUCACGUUAUAGAUGAGCCCUUCGUCCUAGACGCAGACAUCAGGGCCACGGGCAGCGCCGACAAUAUUCACUUCGCAUACGCUCUCUGGGUACUCCUCCUCUCUUUUAUCUUUACAAGAAUUCUCGGAAACUAAAUGUUCAAUUUGUUGAGUCAAUUUUUCAUUUGCUAAAUUUGAAACUGUAAUAUUUACAGUUUGUGGAAAUUGUGUGGUUUUAGUUGGCUGCGAUACAUUUGAUGGGAAGUAGUGACCAAAGCAUGGGUGUUCCACUAGAUCAGAUCUUAUGAUAAAUAAUUUCUUUUUUUGUAUGUACUGAUUAGUUAAAAAAAAUAGUUUUUUCGUUAACAUUCUCAGUGGUCAUAAUUCGGCUUGAUAUAAUUUUGUAUUGAUAAAUAUUUCGACAGUUGUUAGUUCUUUUGUAAAGUAUUUAGAAUAUCAAUGGCAAUACAGUUUAGGUUAAAUGUAUGAAAUAUGGAUUUGACUGCUAAAAAUGUUUAAAGUUUCAAUGAAAACUAUACGCCCCUAAAAGCAGUGGCAUAAUCUGUUUGUGUGUUGUUUGAAUGGCGUUAUUAUGGGCGAGUUUGAGCAUUUUCUGAUAAAACAUCAGAUUAAGUGUAUUCACUUUCUAUGUGUAAGUAUUUAUGAAGUUAAAAAUCAAUUUAAUAUAUGUAAUCAGUACGAUCAAAUAUACCUUUCUAAAAUAAUGCGUCACUGCCAUGUUUUAAAAUACGGAAAUUAAUACAAAAUUUAGCAAUGCAAUUUUAUUUAUAACCGACAUGUAGAAUACUUUGAGCUCUUAUCAACUUGUAGAGUUCCAAUAAUUAUGAUAUCAUUAAAGAUAUGUUUCAAUUUUAUCUUAAGCAAAAUGAGCUGUUUAGAUACUAUAAUAAAAAAAAUAUCUCCUUUGUACCAUUCUUAAAAUUUAAUUCUAUCCUAGUUCUGUUUUUAUUGGAAUUGUCAUUCAAUUUUAAUAUUUGGUCCGUUGUGCCUUCUUUCAUUAAAAAAAUAUGUACUUAUAACUACAAAAUUAUUUAAAGGUUCUUGUCUGUUAAAAUCUCGAAAGUAUUUUAGUCUACCUUAUACACAUUCCAUGUUAAAUCUUGAAAUAUUUAUAACUGAAUAUUUAUUAAUGUUAUGUACCUCUUACUUCAGACUUUGAUUUCACGUUUUCAAUUACCGUAUCAAGAACUGAUUCGGUAUAUACUAAUCCUAAAAUUCAAUAGUUUAUCCAACAGAAUUUCUUUAAGCGUACAAUGCAGAUGCGCUAAAUGUGCUCUUGUUUAUAUCUACCACCAAUUAAAAGUAGUAUUUUUCAAAAUGAAAUAUCCCUAUAAGAAGUAAGUAUUACAAUAUAUACAAUACAUUAAUAUGUAUGGAGAAAUUAUUGGAGAUUUUAGUGACAUUUAAUGUAUAUAGGAAUGAAUGUGCUUACGAUUAAUUAUUAAUUAUUAAUUAUUAAUGGUGCAGUUGUGAUUCUCCUUUAUUUACUAAGCUGGUGUAAAUAAUUUAUGUAAGUUAUGAGUGAUAUUCAUCAAGUGAUUAUAUUCUUUGAUAGCUGCUACAUUGAUGCGACUGAUAACGUCACUUCGAAACUAAUAAAGUAUAACAAAUAUUGUUAUCAUUUUAAUGCUACUUAAAGCAAAUAAAAUUUGAUAGUAAGUAUACCAGCAUCAAACCUGUCUUGAUAUAUUAUUAUACACAUUCUCGAAUUCGUUUGUUAAAACUUAUCCAUUUGUACUUAUAUACAAUAUUUGGAGUCUUUGUACAACUAGGAACCAAAACUUCUUCUGAUGUAAUAUAUUUAUGUAUAAGCAGUUUUAAACGCAUUUUAUAUAAUAUAUCCUGUCGCUUUAUACAUAUAACAUGUAUAUGUAGUGUAACUUAUCCGACUUUAAAGCCAAAGUUAUCUUAACUGGUGAAAUAUAUUAAUGUAAGGUUUUACUAUACCAAUAACAACUAAGUAUUUAUAUGAGAUUCCAUUGUAGUAAAGUACAUUAAGAGUAGCAUUUUCAAUUAGAUACAUUUGAAACCAACAAUGAAAAGAAUUUCUAAAUUGUUAUGAUUAUGGUGAGAUUGAAUGACCCAAGACAAUAUAUAUUAUUUAGACCAAAUAUUGUACCAAAUAUUUGGUUAAGUUUGAUAUUGGAAUCACGUGAAAUUUGCUGUAUCUCGAAGCUAUGUCAAAUUAGUUAAAAUUAUGAUGAACUAUGUAAGUGUUUAAAGAAGAAUUUAUGUAUAAA